AUGCAUAUCUAUCUAUCUAUCUAUCUAUCUAUCUAUCUAUCUAUCUAUCUAUCUAUCUAUCUAUCUAUCUAUCUAAGUUUGUUCCGUAUCUAUCUAUCUAUCUAUCUAUCUAUCUAUCUAUCUAUGCCAGUCUGUUCUUUCUUUAAAUCCCCUCUCGGUUUUAUUGCUUUUAAAUAUCUUUUAUUAUUCGUCUUGUCUCACUCUUUCUCCAUCAUCAUUACUUAUUCCCUCUUUAUAAAGUCUUUGCCAUUUAAAUUGAUUUCCCCACCACCUCACCCCGCCGAUAUUAGAGAGUUUCCUUUUUUAAUGGCUACUCCUAAUUUCCCACCCGAAACUCACCCUCUUCCUUCUCUGCUUUUGUCCGUCGUCUUUAUUGUCCUCCGACUGUUGCUCCUCAAUAUUCUAUUCUCCCGGCACCCUGUCAGAUAUUCCCGUUGUUUGCGUCUUCCGCAAUCAAUUCGCUCUUCUCCCCUUUCUCUCGCUAUGCUUUCCAGACACCAGGCAGCUGCUUUGCUCACUCGUUAG